GGAACUGCCACUCUAUGAGGAGCGUUUGACUCGCUCUGCUUCACCGUUGUGAAAUAUCUGGCUGUUUUUAGACUUCACAUGAUGUCCAAACCUCUGCUGUAGCUCGGGACUAAAUGUUUCCGUAAGUUGUUGUUUUUCUUAAGGGUCAUUCAUAGCUGUGGUGCUUAAGCCUCUUAACGUUGUGAGGAUGUGGAGGUGAACAGCACUACUCUUGGUAUGAAGAUCGGCGGAUAAGCGUCUUUUGUGACCUUGGAUCUUUUCAGAGGCUGAAGCUGGAUUCCACCAGGGACACAUGGUCCAGAGUGACAAGGCCAUCUGCUGUAGCGCCAGCACUGCAGUGGGAGGGAGGAGAAAGAUGAAGGAGUGGUUUGUAGGGGGUGAGGGUACAGAGAAUUCCUCCUCCUCGGGUGUGGAAGGACUCGAUAUUCUGGGAGAUCAUUGCCAGCACCUUGGAUUGAGACUUAUUUCUUUAGUGUCACAUUUUUUCCUUCAACUUUCUUUCCCAGCUUUCCAAAGGGACUGAGGUUGGGUCUUUAACGUCAAAAGAAAUCAUGAUUUUGUGAUUCAUAUGACGUGUUUUCAAAGUGAUGAGCAAUGAGGAUCUGUACUCUGAAUACCUCGCAAGCCGUGGAUCCAGUUUCUUCAACAUCUCUUUGCACCCAAAGCUGAGAGUUGUGGAUCAGCGAAGCAAGUGGGUGCAGAUUUCUGGGGUGGAAUUGACGGGUGAAAGACAAAAAAAUUGCACGCUUGCACUUCCCCAGACGGCCGAAGAGCCAAACGGAUGGUUAUUUUUAUGAGGGACUUUGUAGCAGAAAUGGGUCAGGACCAAACCAAACAGCAGAUUGAGAAGGGACUGAAGCUCUACCAGUCGAAUGACACAGAAAAGGCUUUAUAUGUCUGGAUGAAAGUGUUAAGGAAGACAUCUGAUCCUGGGGGAAAGUUUCGAGUUUUAGGGUGUCUGAUCACAGCACAUUCGGAAAUGGGGAAAUACAAAGAGAUGCUACAGUACUCCCUAGCUCAGAUAAACACAGCCAGAGAGAUGGAGGACCCUGACUACCUGACGGAGGGCUACCUGAACCUGGCACGCAGCAACGAGAAGCUUUGUGAAUUCCAGAAGACAGUCUCAUAUUGUGAGACCUGCUUAAACAUGCAGGGCACCACUGUUAGCCUACAGCUCAAUGGGCAAGUGUGUUUGAGCAUGGGCAAUGCCUACCUGGGCAUUAGCGUUUUCCAAAAGGCCUUAGUGAGCUAUGAGAAGGCCCUGCGAUACGCUCACAACAACGAUGACAAGAUGCUGGAGUGCAGGGUCUGCUGCAGUUUGGGCAACUUCUACAUCCAGCUUAAGGAUUAUGAGAAAGCACUCUUCUUUCCUUGCAAAGCAGCUGAACUGGUGAAUGACUAUGGUAAAGGAUGGAGUCUAAAGUACCGUGCCAUGAGCCAGUACCAUAUGUCGGUGGCCUACAGGAAGCUGAUUCGCUUACCAGAUGCAAUGGAAUGCUGUGAGGAAUCAAUGAAGAUUGCUUUGCAGCAUGGAGAUCGACCUCUUCAGGCAUUGUGUCUGCUUAACUUUGCUGAUAUUCAUCGCUGUCAGAAAGAUGUUGAUAAAGCAUUCCCUCGCUAUGAGUCCUCCAUGUGCAUAAUGUCAGAGAUUGGCAACCGCCUUGGACAAGCAUCCAUCUACGUCGGGGUGGGAAAGUGCUGGAUUCUGCAGAAGGAAUACGAUAAGGCUCUGGACUCAAUGCAAAGAGCACAUGAUCUGGCCGAGGCGAUUGGAAACAAGCUGUGCAUCCUGAAGGUGCACAGCCUGUGUGAAGGCAUCUACCGCAGUAAGGAGCAGCAGGAUGAGCUGAGAGAGCAGGUGGUGAAGUUCCUGCAGUGUGUAGAAGAGCUGGAGCUCUACUGUGGCAUGUGUGGGGAGUCUAUCGGAGAGAGGAACCAGCAGCUGCAGGCCUUGCCCUGCUCUCACAUUUUCCACCUCAAGUGUCUGCAGACAAAUGGCACAAAGGGCUGCCCAAAAUGUCAUCGUUCAUCAAUGAAGCUGGGUUUUGUAUGAAAUCGCACUCCUGCCUUGGACAAAACGGCUGAAUCCCAUCACAGUGACUCGUCUGGGAGCAAAAGUUCCAGGGCCUUCUUCCAGGGAGCGUUCUAGCUGGACAAAAGGAGGUUUUCCAGUCUUUCCAUCCUGCCUUUAUGGCAACUGGGAAUAAUGUGGAACUGAAAGGACAUGGAUUAAUAGUUCAGCGCAGAGACGUCAUGAAUGACAGCAGAUAUUUCUUUGAACACUGACCUUAUAAUGCUGCAUCGGUGUAAGACAGAAACAUUAAAAACAGCCUUUGAUUGGACCAUGCAGCAUUGCUGUCCUCUUAGUGAGGAUAUUCAUCAAAGAGGUGAGAGCUUUACAUAUCACGCGGUUUCAUAGUGGACAUUAUUGGUAUAUUAUCACAGCUGAACAGAACAAAAACAUCUACCAAAUUUCAAGCCCUAAUCAGUUUUUUCAGAUUGUGUAAAUAAUUCAUGAAUGCUAUGAUCAAUGUCAUUUGAAAAAGACAAAGGUGUUCUCUUUCAGCAGUGUAAGACAUGCUGUUCUGUUUUAGUUUGUUUGAGGUUUGCUUUGAGCUUGUAGUAAACUCAAAUGUCUCUAACUGCCUCCUGAAACUGUAAAACUCUGAAGUAACAGGGGCGUGUGUUCAACUUAUUAACUUGACCAAUUAUGCAUUUUGUUAACUAUUUAUAUGACAAUUAUUUAUGUCUUUUAAUAAGAAACUUACACAGUACACACAACAUUACUUUACUGUUUCUGAUAACAGUUGGAUGAAUUUUACUUUGAAUCAACAAAAUGUGAAAAGUAGUCUAUAUUCAAUUCUUUCUUUC